AUAUAAAAGGUUAACCUCUCAGCCUUUACUAACAUGAAUGCAAAAUAAACAAAAGAGGAUGUUUUCUAUAGGAGAAAUAAAGGAAAAAUAUUUUAAAACAAUGGUCAUCUGCAUUUUUAUUAUGUUUCUUGGAGCAAACAUGAUUAUGAAGUUCAGGUAAAAGAAUUUCCAAUAAUUCUGGCCUCUCAUUUGCUAGGAAAAUAGGCGUUUUGAGGAACGUGGAGUGAAUAUAAUUGUUUUUUAUUUGACUAAUAUCAGUAUAUCCCAUAUCAACCACUCAAGAAUCGUAUCAACUUCAAACUCUACUACCAUGGCUCUUCACCAUAACAAAGUUUUGUGUAGUGUAUAAAUAGUAGAAGAGUUAACAAAGUAGAGAGUAGAAAGUAAAAGAAGAUAUGGAAGCGGUGGAGCAUUCUCCAUUGUUUGAGACAAAGAGCGCCAAAGGAAGGGUCUUUUACAAGAUCUUUUCUUUAUCAUUGUUUGUGGGGAUUUGCUUCAUCUGGGUUUUCAGAGUGAGUCACAUACCCAGAGAAAGUGAAGUUGGGAAAUGGGGUUGGAUUGGCUUGUUUUUUGCUGAGCUAUGCUUUGGUCUUUAUUGGCUUCUCAGACACCCCUUCAGAUGGAACCUUCUCUUCAGGGAACCUUUCAUACAAAGGCUAUCUCAAAGAUAUGAGAAGGUGUUACCAAAAGUGGACAUCUUUGUGUGUACAGCAGAUCCAGGAAUUGAGCCACCAGUGAUGGUUAUUAACACAGUGCUAUCAGUUAUGGCUUAUGAGUAUCCACCAGACAAACUCAGUGUGUAUCUUUCAGAUGAUGCUGGAUCAGAUAUUACCUUCUAUGCUCUCUUAGAGGCUUCCAUCUUUGCAAAACAAUGGCUUCCAUUCUGCAGGAAAUUCAAGGUGGACCCCACCUCACCAGCUGCUUAUUUCAAAACCAUUCACUCAUCCACCCAUGCCAAAGAGUUGGUCACCAUCAAGAAAUUGUACCAAGAUAUGGAAAGUCGAAUAGAAAAUGCAGCCAAGAUGGGUAGAGUACCAGAAGAAGUACACACAGAGCAUAAAGGGUUUUCACAGUGGGAUUCAUAUUCUUCUCGAAGAGACCAUGACACAAUUCUUCAAAUAUUACUACACGAAACGGACUCGAGUGCCAAAGAUGUAGAUGGGAAAGUUAUGCCCCUAUUGGUAUAUUUGGCUCGUGAGAAGAGACCUCAAGUUGCACAUAACUUCAAAGCUGGAGCCAUGAAUUCAUUGAUAAGAGUGUCAUCAAUGAUUAGCAACGGGGAAAUUAUCCUUAAUGUAGAUUGUGACAUGUACUCAAACAAUUCUCAAUCUCUAAGGAAUGCACUCUGCUUCUUCAUGGAUGAAGAUAAGGGCCAUGAGAUUGCUUAUGUGCAGACUCCACAGUGUUUUGAGAAUAUCACCAAGAAUGAUCUAUAUGGUGGUGCUCUACGAGUAAGCUAUGAGGUGGAAUUCCAUGGUUUGGAUUCACUUGGUGGGCCUUUGUAUAUUGGAACAGGCUGCUUUCACAGAAGAGAGAUACUGUGUGGAAGAAAGUUCAGUGACCAAUAUAAGAAAGAUUGGAAUGAAUACAAGAAUAUUGGUGAUAUGAAAGAAGUAAGCUUGCAUGAACUGGAAGAACAAUCAAAGGCUCUUGCUAGUUGUACAUUUGAGAAAAACACUUUAUGGGGAAAAGAGAUGGGAUUGCAAUAUGGUUGUUCAGUAGAGGAUGUUAUGACAGGAUUGUCUAUUAAAUGCAGAGGAUGGAAAUCAGUUUUCUAUAAUCCUCAAAGGAAAGCUUUCUUAGGUGUAGCUCCAAACACCUUGCCAGAAGCACUAGUUCAACAUAAGAGAUGGUCUGAGGGGGGCUUUCAAAUUUUGCUUUCCAAGCAUAGUCCAGCAUGGUAUGCUUAUGGAUUAAUCAGUCCUGGCCUCCAAAUGGCAUAUUGUUACUAUCACCUGUGGGUGUUUAUUUGCUGGCCAACUGUAUAUUACUGCAUUAUUCCUUCACUCUAUCUCCUCAAAGGCAUUCCAUUGUUUCCACAGGUUUUGACAUGUAUCAAAAUUUUACCUUGUUUCAUUGAUCAGAUGUCAAGUCCAUGGUUCAUACCUUUUGCAUAUGUGAUUCUUGGCGAUUGCUCUUACUGCCUGAUGGAGUUUUUGUGGUCAGGAGGCACAAUAAAGGGUUGGUGGAAUGAGCUACGGAUAUGGCUGUACAAGAGAACAAGCUCUUACCUCUUUGCUUUUGUUGAUACCAUCUUGAAGUCUUUUGGCUUUUCAGAAUCAACAUUCGUAGUAUCUGCAAAGGUAGCAGAAGAAGAAGUUUCCCAACGAUAUGAGAAAGACAUCAUAGAGUUUGGAAACUCAUCCCCAAUGCUCACUGUGCUAGCAACACUUGCAAUGCUCAAUUUGUUUUGCCUUCUUGGCAUGUUCCUAAAACAAGUGUUCAUCACUGAAGGGGGUCUCAGAAUGUUGGAUUCAAUGGCAUUGCAAGUUAUUCUAAGUGGGGUUUUGGUUGUCAUCAAUGUACCUGUGUACCAAGGACUCUUCCUAAGAAAAGAUGAGGGAAGAUUACCAAUGUCUGUUGCAGCAAAAUCCACAGCAUUGGCUCUAAGUGCAUGUGCCCUCUUUAUUUCCAUAAGUUAAGAUGUUUAAUAUUUUCAGUCUUAGUUUUCUUUUACUAUUGGUAUAUUUUUAGUCUUAUUUCCUUUUACUGAAAAAUAAAAAUAUAUCGAUAUUGGUAUA